GGCCCGCCCUGCGCUAUAAGGACGGAAAGCGCCGCACGCCCGGACAGACGCGGAGGAAGGGCGCCGCCGCGAUGCCGCUGUCCCAGAGCAGGGCUGGGCAGGCCCCGUGCAGCAGCAAAGUGUGCAGGAACCUCUUCGGCCCCGUGGACCACGAGCAGCUCCAGCUCGACUUCGAGGACAAGAUAAGACAGCAGCUGGAAGAGGCUCAGCAGCGCUGGAACUUCAACUUUGAGACAGAGACUCCCCUGGAAGGGCCGUUCAAGUGGGAGAAGGUCCUUGUGGCUGAGCAGGCGCCCCAGGAGGUUCACAGCCUGGUCAGGGCUGUCAUCAGCAGUGACAGCAGGAGCUCCUCGGCCCACAGGGUCCCCCCCAAGGACCGUGCUGGCAGGAUUUGCCCCGAGGAGUCUCAGCAGAGCUCGAAGGUUUACAAGGCAGGUUCCCUGCAGAGCUUGAAACGUGGGCAGACCACGAUCAAAGACUUCUACAGUGCCAAGAGGAGGAUCGUCCCUGCGCGGCCCCGCCCGUGACUCGCUGGGGCAGCUGCCGACGCCGGGGGCAGCCUGGCUCCCCCGCCCCGUGCUGUGCUGAUCUGUACCGAGCAAUGUAGAGUCUGUAGUUCCUAUUUAUGAGUAGCUCUGGGGUCCUGAGGGACCUUCACUGUGUGCAAUGUAGAAGAGGAGCCCCAUGGCGGGUCUGGAGGAGGACUGAGAUGGGCCUGGUGGGACUGGGGCACUGCCCUGCCUGCAGAAGUGUCCUCUGCCCGUGCCUGGGGGUCCAAACACCGUCCUUGUGCCGUCCUGCUGUCCAGCCGUGGACACGCCCCUGCCUAGGGGCUGGUCCUGGGGGACACUUGUGUCCCAGCCACCUGGUGGCACCAGAUGUCUUUAAGGAAAGUCACUGGUGAGGGUUGUGGAGCCCUGGGACACCCCGGCUGCUGGCACGGGGGAUGUCCCUCUGUCCCAGCAGGAUGGAGCCCAGCACUGUCCGUGUGUGGGGGCAGUGAUGUGGAGGCUGCUCCUUCCCCCGGCCCUGGGGGGAGGAAGCUGUUCCUGGACAGCCCUUCCUGGGGGUGACUCACUGGGAGCACUGCCCUGGGCAGGAUUUGGGAUCCUGGCACUGUGCUGGCCCCAAAUGCCAUUUUGUCACCCUGUUGUUUGCUUGUUGGUGCUGCUGCUUGUGCCCACAUCCCUCAACACUGACACCAGGCUGGGGAGCCCCAGCUCUGCUGGGCUCCUCUAGGAAGAAGUCCUGCUCACCAGCAGGGAUGAUGCUGAAAUAAGGAAUUGUAGCUUGUUUUCCUGGACUUUUUCUCCUUUGGGGCUGGCAGGGAGAGGACCCUGACUUUGCUCUGGGAUCAAGGAAUGGCCUGGAGCAGAGGCUGUUCAGUUCCAGCACUGAAGGAUGAGUCCCUGAGGGACUCAACACUGUCAGGUCUCAGCACUUUCAUGGGGUUCAUCUCCUGCUCUGCUGGAUUUGGACCCAGGAACUGGUGCAAGAUGGUCCCAGGAGGAAAAGGGACAGGGUUGAUCUCCCACCUUGCACCUCGAUGCACUUUGCUGUCGGUGAAGCUGCCAAGCUCCCAGCACUAAAUGUUUAUUUAUAUUUAAAAUAAUGCUAUUAAGUGUAUGUGGGGAAAGGGGAAAUACCUGUUUGUCUGUACGUGUUAACUCUCGAUAAACACCUGUGCAAA